GAUAAACUGGCGUGCUACAGUAUACAGCUAGUCUACUGCUGGGAUGGUUACCCUGAGCAAAGGAAAAUGUGAUUGUGCUGCAUUCGUGUUAAUGUGAAUUGCUUGAACAGACAUCCAAUCCAAUAUGGCGGCAGCUUACCACAAUGAUGAUACAAGAUCCAGCGAUACUUCACGUGAUGUCACCAAUGCUUUGGAGGUUCUAUCAGAAGAGGAAAAUAAGGAUUUCCAGGACUUCAGGAAAAGUCUAGGAAUUGUGGGAAGUUUCACGAAACAGAUGGUCAAGCUCGCCAUAGACCAGCUCAAGCCCGAAUUUGAGCGGAUGGCGGAACAAGCUGCGGAUAGGGCAAUGGAUUCAAAGUCGACGAAGGUCAAAGAACUUCAGGAUGAGCUCAAUGGUCGUGAACGCGACCUCAAACAAAUGAAAUUGGAGAAAAAAAUCCUACAAGCAAAACUUGAGAAAGAAAUGUGUAACCGCGAUAUUGCAGAUGUAGUGGAUAGCAAAGAAAAAGACAUUAAAAAGAUGGAAGUCGAGAUAGGCAGUCUCAAGAGUAAGCUGAAAAGGAAAGCAGACGAACUGAAAAAAGAGCGAGAAAGGGCGACAGAUGAGGAAACUCGGCGAAUGGAGAUUCAGACAUCACUUCAAUCUGAGAUCGAUCGUCUGAAAAAAGAUCUCGACAAAGUUAAAGGUCAUCUGGGACAAAUUCGCUCAGCAAAAAAUGUCGGCAACGAGGAGACGCGGAAAUUACGUGAACGCGAACGUCAGCUGAUCGAGGAAAUCGAAGACUUGAAAAAACAGCAGCCAAAACUUCGGCGAAAGAUCACACGUUAAAAAUUCGAGUGCAUCGUUGUAUUUAAUUGUGUAUUAGACAACACAUGUGUUCAUAAUGUACCUAUAUAUAUAAUUAUCUCAUCCCAAAGAGUAACAACUGUCUAUCAUUUCUCGUACUGGUUUUGAAAGAAAAGCUUGAGUCAUUCACAGUUGUGUAUGUAGAGAUGGAUUAAGUCACAGAUGUAGAUGUUGAGAUGGAUUCAGUCACAGAUUCAGUCACCAGCUGUGGAUGUUGUGAUGGAUUCAGUCACAGAUUCAGUCACAGCUGUGGAUGUUAUGGUGGAUUCAGUCACAGAUUCAGUCACAGCUGUGGAUGUUGUGAUGGAUUCAGUCACAGAUUCAGUCACAGCUGUGGAUGUUGUGAUGGAUUCAGUCACAGAUUCAGUCACAGCUGUGGAUGUUGUGAUGGAUUCAGUCACAGAUUCAGUCACAGCUGUGGAUGUUGAGAUUGAUUCAGUCACAGAUUCAGUCACAGCUGUGGAUGUUGAGAUUGAUUCAGUCACAGAUUCAGUCACAGCUGUGGAUGUUGUGAUGGAUUCAGUCACCAGCUGUGGAUGCUGAGAUGGAUUCAGUCACAGAUUCAGUCACAGCUGUGGAUGUUGAGAUGGAUGCAGUCACAGAUUCAGUCACAGCUGUGGAUGUUGAGAUGGAUUCAGUCACCAGCUGUGGAUGUUGUGAUGGAUUCAGUCACCAGCUGUGGAUGUUGUGAUGGAUUCAGUCAUAGAUUAAGUCACCAGCUGUGGGUGUUGAGAUGGAUUCAGUCACAGAUUCAGUCACCAGCUGUGGAUGUUGAGAUUGAUUCAGUCACCAGCUGUGGAUGUUGAGAUUGAUUCAGUCACCAGCUGUGGAUGUUGUGAUGGAUUCAGUCAUAGAUUCAGUCAUCAGCUGUGGAUGUUGAAAUGGAUUCAGUCACCAGCUGUGGAUGUUGAGAUGGAUUCAGUCACAGAUUAAGUCACAGCUAUGGAUGUUGAGAUGGAUUCAGUCACAGAUUCAGUCACAGCUGUGGAUGUUAAGAUAGAUUCAGUCACAGAUUAAGUCACAGCUAUGGAUGUUGAGAUGGAUUCAGUCACAGAUUCAGUCACAGCUGUGGAUGUUAAGAUAGAUUCAGUCAUCAGCUGUGGAUGUUGUGAUGGAUUCAGUCAUAGAUUCAGUCACCAGCUGUGGAUGUUGAGAUGGAUUCAGUCACAGAUUAAGUCACAGCUAUGGAUGUUGAGAUGGAUUCAGUCAUAGAUUCAGUCACCAGCUGUGGAUGUUGAGAUGGAUUCAGUCACAGAUUCAGUCACAGCUGUGGAUGUUAAGAUAGAUUCAGUCAUCAGCUGUGGAUGUUGUGAUGGAUUCAGUCAUAGAUUCAGUCACCAGCUGUGGAUGUUGACAUGGAUUCAGUCACAGAUUCAGUCAUCAGCUGUGGAUGUUGAGAUGGAUUCAGUCACAGAUUAAGUCACAGAUUAAGUCACAGCUAUGGAUGUUGAGAUGGAUUCAGUCACAGAUUCAGUCACAGCUGUGGAUGUUAAGAUAGAUUCAGUCACCAGCUGUGGAUGUUGAGAUGGAUUCAGUCACAGAUUCAGUCAUCAGCUGUGGAUGUUGAGAUGGAUUCAGUCACAGAUUAAGUCACAGAUUAAGUCACAGCUAUGGAUGUUGAGAUGGAUUCAGUCACAGAUUCAGUCACAGCUGUGGAUGUUAAGAUAGAUUCAGUCACCAGCUGUGGAUGUUGAGAUGGAUUCAGUCACAGAUUAAGUCACAGCUAUGGAUGUUGAGAUGGAUUCAGUCACAGAUUCAGUCACAGCUGUGGAUGUUAAGAUAGAUUCAGUCAUCAGCUGUGGAUGUUGAAAUGGAUUCAGUCACCAGCUGUGGAUGUUGAGAUGGAUUCAGUCACAGAUUAAGUCACAGCUAUGGAUGUUGAGAUGGAUUCAGUCACAGAUUCAGUCACAGCUGUGGAUGUUAAGAUAGAUUCAGUCACCAGCUGUGGAUGUUGAGAUGGAUUAAGUCACAGAUUCAGUCACAGCUGUGGAUGUUGAGAUGGAUUAAGUCACAGAUUCAGUCACAGCUGUGGAUGUUGAGAUGGAUUCAGUCACAGACUCAGUCAUCAGCUGUUGAUUUCGAGAUGGUUCCGUGGUAGAAAUGAAGGGAUUUUGUCUGUAAAGCAAUUUGCUAUAUAGACCGUGAGGAGGCAUUUAGAGUUAUAAUAUGAAUUCAUCUAAAAUCUAACGAAACAAUGUCAAUCUACAGCUUAAUUCACUUUGACGUUCCUUCUGCCACCCAUUUAUCUUCCGCACGUUUGUGGUGACAUUAUUUGUGUUUUAUCACUUGGCAUAAGUUAAAUUUAUUAUGUUGUCGUUCGACACACAUAUACAUAGUGUUUUGUUCGUUAGUGAUUUGGUGACGUGGUUACUGAGUUCUGUGUCCAGACAGGGCAUUAGUACAGUUGAAUUCCUAAGAAAUGUUCUCGAGUAUCCAAUUUUACAAAAAUUGAGUUACGAUCCAAUAAACUGUAAAACCGAUGGUUUAUAAAUUUCAUUCAGAUAGUUCUAGAUGUAACGUCAUGAUUAACGAACGGAGACCGAUCAAAAUUAAUUUAAUCAAGGGAGACAACUCUUAAACAAGAAAUGCAUUAUAUAAAUUUAGCAUUUCGAUUUAAUUUAUCCACUUUUUCGAGCUCAAGGAGUUGAGUCCUGUUACAUAUAUGCGGCAGACCAUAUUCAAAUUAUAUCAUGGCCAUAUUAGCAGAUAUAUUUUAUUUUCACAUUCAAAAGCACGCAUCCAAGGUUUUCGUACACAACAUAUAUCUGUCUCGAUUCCGUGCAUUAACGCCUGUUUAGAGAAAAAAGAAAGAGCUAAUCAUAUGGCAAGCCAAGUUGUCAUUUAAUUAUAUCAAAUACCUUAUAGAUUUGAUAAGAUAGCUUAUAGACUUUUUAAGAUAUCUUAUAUACUUUUAUAAUUUUUUUUUUAAAUACUUGAUCUCAUUGCUCAACGAUCACAUUAAUUUCAACAAUUAAUCUUAAUCAUAACUUUGAACUUUGUAGUUUAAAAAGCUCUGCUGAGAGGCGACAUUAAACCAGCCUUAUGGAUACCUACCACUCUUUGCUAGUCAGUGUGUAGAUUACCACGUGAAACAUAGCAGUCAGUAUAGUUUAUAAAGGUGGUCUAUAUUAUGGUGAAUUCACUGAUAUAUGUACAAGCAUUGACAAGUUCCAAUAAACAUCCCGAAAGAG